AUGAAGGGUGAUCAUGUCUCCGUCGCACGCUCCGACAAUAUGAAAUCUCCGCUCUUACCGGUCGUCCAUAAUGACGAGCCGUCACAAAACAAAACGGUGAGACAACAUCUCCGGACAGUAUUCGCGCCUAAUAAUUGUUACAUCGUUCUUGGUCCUCUUCUUUGCGCCGUCGUGUGUCUAUGCGCACGGCUCGGCGAAAAUGAUACGACGAAGGCGAGGAACAUGCUAGGCGUUCUUGUCUGGAUAUUCGCUUGGUGGUUGACAGAGGCUGUUCCUAUGCCCAUCACCUCCAUGUCGCCGCUUUUCUUAUUUCCUCUCUUCGGAAUCACGGCGGCGGAUGACGUGGCAAGUUCUUACAUGGACGACGUCAUCGCCCUUGUCCUCGGCAGCUUUAUCCUUGCUCUCGCCGUCGAACACUACAAUAUCCAUCGUCGUCUCGCCCUUAACAUUACUAUGGUGUUCUGCGUGGAGCCUCUAAACGCGCCACUGCUACUUCUUGGCAUCUGCGCAACGACGGCGUUCGUGAGUAUGUGGAUGCACAACGUGGCUGCCACUGUCAUGAUGAUGCCAGUCGCUACAGGGAUACUUCAAAGACUGCCCUCAUCAUCAGAAAUGGUGCCACCAGCGGUGGGGAAGUUUUGCAAGGCGGUGGUGCUCGGUGUGAUAUACUCUGCGUCAAUUGGUGGAAUGAGCACAUUGACAGGAACAGGUGUGAAUCUGAUACUUGUCGGAAUGUGGAAAAGCUAUUUUCCUGAGGCUAAUGCAAUCAGUUUCAGCCAAUGGUUCUUCUUCGGGUUCCCUCUGGCUUUGUGCAUAUUCUUGGUGCUUUGGGGUAUUCUAUGUGUGUUGUAUUGUCCUAAAGGAUCAGGGAAAGCUCUCUCUCCUUAUCUUCAUAAAUCUCAUCUUCGUAGAGAGCUUGAGAUGUUAGGACCAAUGAGUUUCGCUGAAAAGAUGGUCUUGUCUGUGUUUGGUGGGUUGGUUGUGUUGUGGAUGACAAGAAAUAUAACCCAAGAUAUCCCUGGCUGGGGUAGCCUCUUUGACGGCCAGGCCGGGGAUGGAACGGUUAGUGUGAUGAUGGCUACAUUGCUUUUCAUAAUCCCAAACAAAAUUAAAAAAGGAGAGAAGCUAAUGGAUUGGGGUAAAUGCAAGAAACUCCCAUGGAACAUAGUGUUGUUACUAGGAGCUGGGUUCGCUAUAGCUGAUGGAGUACGCUCCAGUGGAUUAGCUCAAGUCUUAUCCAAAGGUCUGGUGUUUCUUGAAACAGCUCCUUAUUGGGCCAUUGCUCCAACCGUUUGCCUCAUAUCUGCUACCAUCACUGAGUUCACCUCAAACAACGCAACAACUACAUUGUUGGUUCCUUUACUCAUUGAGAUUGCAAAGACAAUGGGUGUCCAUCCUCUGCUCUUGAUGGUCCCUGGUGCCAUAGGAGCUCAGUUUGCUUUCUUGCUGCCCACGGGAACACCGUCUAAUGUCGUUGGGUUCACAACAGGGCAUAUUGAGAUUAAAGACAUGAUUAAGACAGGCUUGCCUCUCAAGAUCGCAGGAACCGCCUUUCUCUCUGUCUUGAUGCCAACCCUUGGGGCUUACGUUUUUGGAACAAAAGGAUGAGUUUAUUCGUGGGCUGAAGCACAAGACCAAAGACACCAUUGAUUCAUUGUAUUAUAUUCUUACAAGGGGGUGCAUCAUAUAUUUUAUAUGUCAUGUCACACCGGGAUAUGUAGAUGUGGUCAACAAACGGCCCAUUUUUGUAACCUGCUCGAUUAUAGUUUCCGGUACGAUUGUUUUCUUUUGUGCUUACAACGUACCGGUAAGUCUGGUCCUAUUUUUCUUGUGUAUAUAUUGAGAACAGUUAUUUAAAUAUUACUAUGUGUAUUGCGAAAAGACUCGUAAGAGUAUC